AGUGAGUUUACAUCAUUUCGUUGCAAAUCCGUAAUGAAUAUUUAAUUUAUUUAUCAUAAUCAGGUCCGAUGGGUUCACCCGGAGAUAAAGGCAAAAACGGACAUAACGGUAUACCAGGCGCAGACGGUAUGAAAGGAGCAACAGGUGAUAAAGGUCCACAUGGAUGGCCAGGAGCAGCAGGCGAAAAAGGCAAAAUGGGAACACCAGGUGCACAUGGUUGGCCAGGCAUGAAAGGUAAAAUGGGAGAAAUGGGACUACCAGGAUUAAAGGGAAAAGACGGAUGGCCCGGUGGUCCCGGUAAAAAAGGAGAAAUGGGAGACAAAGGGUUACCAGGACAUAACGGUAUUCCAGGCAUGAAUGGAAUGAAAGGUAAAAAUGGAAUACCUGGCACAGACGGGAAAAAUGGUCUACCAGGAUAUAAUGGCAUGCCAGGACAGAAAGGAGCAAUGGGAGAACCCGGAUAUAGAGGGCCAAUGGGACAUCCAGGAGUUAAAGGUGAACCAGGCAACAAGGGACCAGACGGAUGGCCAGGAGCUAAAGGGCCAAAUGGUAUGAAAGGGGCACCAGGUGAUCCUGGAAGAGACGGAUAUCCAGGAGUACCAGGUAAGGACGGGAAGCCUGGAACAGAUGGGAAACCAGGAGGUAAAGGACCAGACGGAUGGCCCGGACCUAAAGGACCACCAGGCAUGCCCGGAAAGGAUGGCAAAGACGGAACUGUCCAUGUUGUAUUUGAUAACUAUGGUAGUAAAUAUAAACUUGGAGAUUCACAAAAAGCCGCCAUAAGACAGGAGCUGACAGGUUCACACCAGCUAUCUUCAUCUUGGUCAGCCUGGUCUUCCUGGUCAGGGUAGUGUCAAUAGAUUGAGAACGAUAUAAAAUUCAUAGAACAUUUGAGACUUUUUACCUUUUGUGUAGAAUCAUGACAUCUUCUGUGAAGUGAUAUUAAAGAGAAAAUAAUAAG